UCCUCCGGUCCAAGAGAAACCACGCACAGCAUCUUUUCAGGGUUUUUCACUUCCGUUCCACAGCAGCUCUACAUCCGUCCAUCUUUUUGCCGCCGCCAUGCCCACCGUUAGCGUUGGAAGAGAUCGGCUCUUUGAAGCUCUCGGUCGCACUUACACCGAAGAAGAAUUUGAAGAACUGUGCUUCAAGUUUGGAAUUGAGCUCGAUGACGUCACGACAGAGAAGGCAAUUAAACGGAAAGAACAGCAUUUGGAGGAAGAAGAAACAUCUGAAGAUGAGGAAAUUAUAUACAAGAUUGAAAUUCCGGCUAACAGGUAUGAUUUACUUUGCCUCGAGGGGCUAGUUCAAGCCCUUCGCAUUUUUAAUGGGCUUGAUCCAAUACCUACAUAUAAGGUUGCAAAUAUCAGUGAAGAAUCCAUGCUGAAAAUGCACGUCAAGCCUGAGACUUCAAAGAUCCGACAGUUUGUUGUCUGUGCUGUUUUAAGAGGUGUAACUUUUGAUGAAGCAAGAUAUAAUAGCUUUAUUGAUCUACAAGAUCGACUUCAUCAGAACAUUUGCCGGCGAAGAACCUUGGUUGCUAUUGGAACUCAUGACUUGGAUACAAUACAAUCCCCUUUCACAUAUGAGGCUUUGCCUCCCUCAGAAAUCAACUUUGUUCCGUUGAAACAGAAAGAAAGUUUCAGAGCUGAUAAGCUGAUGGAAUAUUACAGAGAGCAUGAUCUGAAACUGAAGAAGUUCUUACACAUAAUUGAGGAUUCACCAGUGUUUCCUGUUAUAUAUGACCGUAACAGAACUUUAUUGUCUAUGCCUCCUAUUAUUAAUGGUGCACAUUCUGCCAUUAAAUUAAAUACAAGGAAUGUGUUCAUUGAAUGCACAGCCACAGAUUUGACAAAGGCCAAUAUUGUUUUGAACACAAUGGUGACUAUGUUUUCAGCUUACUGUGAAAGGAAGUUUGAAGUUGAGCCAGUUAAAGUAAUAUAUCCUGAUGGAAAAUCACACAUUUGUCCUGACCUUUCAGUCUACGAAAUGGAUGUAUCUUUGUCAUACAUUAACAACGUAGUUGGAGCCUCCUUGGCCGAAAAUCAAGUGGCUGAUUUAUUGCAUAAAAUGCAACUGCAUGCUAAGAAAUCUGUUUCAAAAGAUGAGCAAGUUAAGUUUAUUGUGUCUGUUCCUCCCACUAGAAGUGAUGUUCUUCAUGCUUGUGAUGUGGCUGAGGAUGUUGCAAUUGCUUUUGGCUACAAUGAAAUUCCAAAACGAAAGCCUGCAUCGUUGAAGCCCCUCCCACUUAGUCAAUUAAGUGAUCUGAUUCGAAUGGAGGUUGCAAUGGCAGGUUACACAGAGGUGUUGACAUGGAUAUUGUGUUCUAAAAAAGAAAUUGCCUCCCUGCUGAAGCAUGGAGAAGAUAAUUCGGCAGUUGUAAUUGCUGAUUCUCGUACUUCUGAGUUUGAGGUUGUGCGGACACGUCUAAUGCCAGGCAUAUUGAAAACUGUUGGGCACAAUAAAGACCAUCCGAAACCUAUAAAGAUAUUUGAAGUAGGUGAUGUAGUCUUCUUGGACAACACUAAGGAUGUUGGUGCAAUUAAUCGUCGUCACCUUGCUGCUCUGUAUUGCGGUGCCAACUCAGGAUUUGAGCUAAUACAUGGUCUAGUUGAUAGAAUAAUGGAAGUGACUGGAACUCCAUUUGUAACACCUGGCAAUACUUCAGGCUACUACAUAGAAAGUUCAGAUGAGCCUGAGCUUCUUCAAGGAAGACAAGCAAGAGUCAUUUGCAGAGGAAAGCACAUUGGUAACUUUGGCAUUGUGCACCCCGAGGUCCUUGCAAACUUCGACAUUCCAGAUCCUUGUUCGUUUGUUGAGCUUGACUUGGAGAAACUCUUAUAGUUUUACAUCACAAUGUACUCUGCACGGCCUUCUCUUUGGUACUGAUUAGCGGACUUCUUAUAAUUCACUUCUCCACCUUAAUGAGUAAAAUUAUCUCCUUUCAUGUAUUGUAUAUCAACCUUCAUGAGCUAUAUAACUUAACCUGAUUGCUUUCAUUGUUUUCUGACUGUAAUACUCCAUUUUCGAAGUUGGAUACAGAUUUUUUUUAAUCACAGCAAAAUUCAAAUUUGAAACCA